UUAAAACAGAAGUCCAUCAAAAGCUUAUUACAUGUCCUCAUCAUUCUGGUGCACUUACAUUAGUCCUUGUUGAAGUAAAUAGCUUCUAAUUUACAUCCUAAAUUAAGCUUUUUCCCACUGUGAGCCCAUAUUCACUCUUUCAUCAUGGGAUGGGCAAAAUAUGCCAGAGGAAAGCCUUCUUUGCCUGUAAUCACAGGAAUUUUCUGUGCAUUAGCAUUUUUUGUUUUAUUGUAUACUGAAAGGAUCACUACUUAUUCUUCUGGUUCUCUUUUUGGGAUCAAAACUUGUCCUAGAAGAAAUGAUGUGAAGCUUAAAAAACAUCAUACAGGUAGCAGAGAAUUGAAAAGCAGUCCACUAGACAAUCCAACAGACGAUAGGUUUGAGUUUGAUCCUGAGGAAUGCAGCCUCAAUAACGGAAAAUGGGUGUUCAAUACUUCGAUUAAGCCAUUUUACACAGAGAGAACUUGUCCAUAUAUUGACAGACAAUAUUCUUGUACUAAGAAUGGACGAAACGAUUCAGAUUAUCUUCACUGGGAAUGGCAGCCUGAUGACUGUAUCUUGCCAAGGUUUGAUCCUAAGAUCGCCCUCAGAAAAAUUCAAGGAAAGAGGAUAAUGUUUAUAGGGGACUCAAUACAGAGAAAUAUGUGGGAAUCUUUUGUGUGUUUAGUUCAAUCUGUGAUCCCACAAGGCCAGAAGUCUAUGAAACAAGGUCGGGUUUAUUCUGUCUUCAAAGCUAAGGAAUACAACGCCACCAUUGAAUUCUAUUGGGCACCCUUCUUGGUGGAAUCAAACACAGAUAUUCAUAUAAUAACUGAUCCAAAACGGAGAAUCAUUAAAGUGGAUUCUAUUGCGGGGCGUGCCACACAGUGGUUAGGAGUAGAUAUCCUUGUUUUCAAUACUUACGUUUGGUGGAUGAGUGGCCUUAAGGCCAAGGCACUAUGGGGAGAGUUUGCAAAUGGAGAAGAGGGCUAUGAAGAAUUUGAUACUGCUGUUUCUUACAAGCUAGCAUUGAGGACAUGGGCAAAUUGGAUUGAUUCAACAAUUGAUACUAACAAAACAAAGGUGUUCUUUACCACCAUGUCACCUACGCACCAAAGAAAUGAAGAUUGGGGGAAUAUGAAUGGUAUCAAGUGUUUCAACGAGACAAGACCAGUGAUGAAGAAAGGGCACUGGGGAGUUGGUUCGAACAAAGAUUUGAUGAAGGCAGUAGUUGAUGUAAUAGGGAGGAUGAAAGUUCCUGUUACUGUUCUUAACAUCACACAAUUAUCUGAGUACAGAAUUGAUGGACAUGCAUCGGUUUACGGUGAAUUAGGAGGCAAAUUGCUAUCUGCUAAGCAGAAAGCAGAUCCAUCGCAUUUUGCAGAUUGUAUACAUUGGUGUUUGCCUGGAGUUCCUGAUACUUGGAAUAGAAUGCUUUUUGCAUAUUUGUAGCCCACCAGUAUGGAUAGCAAAAGAAACUCUCAUGUUAGGAAAGCAUACUUUGUUCUUGUUUCUUUCCAAAUUUGUCUGAAUUUCUUAUAAGUACAUUGAAUCAAUAUGGUAAAGUAAAUGAAAGUUACCAUGUGUGAAAAUGUAAUCUCUGAGUUGCCAUGAGUCCACUUGGAAUACGACUUUGAGUAACCUAGGGAGCUUUGUGGUGGACUGCCAUAUUGAUCUCUGACGGUGUUUGUUAGCAUGUCUUGAAAUUGUUGGGACCAUCAACGUGGCUACAAAAAUAGACUGAUUUUUGUUUUGA